AGCUUGCACAAGCAAAUUUUCUCUCUAGAUACUUAAUUUACUUAACUAAGCCCUCUUCUUUUUUUUUUUUUAACUGAAAAAAAAUGUCUUCAUUUCUUGUUAUAAUACUAUUCUCUGUGUUCUUAUUUCUUGGAGGGUCUAAUGCUCAAUUGAGCUCAACAUUUUAUGAUCAAAGGUGCCCUAAUGUGUCGAGCAUUGUGCGCAAUGUAGUCGAGCAGGCAGCGCGUAGCGAUGUUAGACUUGGUGCAAAGAUCAUCCGCCUCCAUUUUCACGAUUGCUUUGUCGAUGGUUGUGAUGGUUCUAUCCUGCUGGACAACGCACCCGGCAUAGAGAGUGAAAAAGAUGCAAUUGCUAAUACUAACAACUCCGCGCAGGGAUUUGAUGUUGUCGAUGACAUCAAAACUGCCCUAGAGAGCUCUUGCCCUGGAGUCGUCUCCUGCGCCGAUAUCUUGGCCAUUGCAUCUGAAAUACUAGUCACCAUGGCUGGAGGUCCAACGUGGGAAGUACGACUGGGAAGAAGAGACAGUAGAACCGCGAGCAGGGACAGAGCCGACGCUGCCAUUCCAGGUCCUUUUGAUCCCCUUCCCCUGCUCCGAUCCAAGUUCACCGACGUCGGACUUGACUCCACCGAUCUUGUCGCUUUAUCUGGAGCACACACAUUUGGUCGUGCUAGAUGUUCUACUUUCAGCCCACGCCUCUACAAUUUCAGCAAUGGAGGCCCAGACCCAACUUUGGACACAACAUACUUACAAACACUUCAACAAACAUGUCCACAAGGAGGCGAUGGAACGACAACAUUCACCAAUCUUGAUCCUUCUAGUCCUAACGAUUUCGACAACAACUACUUCACUAAUCUUCAGAACAAUCGUGGACUCCUCCAGACCGAUCAGGAGUUGUUUUCUACUAACGGGUCUGAUACAGUCGAGAUUGUGAAUCGGUUCGCUGGUAGCCAGAGCCAGUUCUUCAGUGAUUUUGCCAGGUCUAUGAUAAGUAUGGGGAAUAUCAGUCCUCUCACUGGGAGUAAUGGAGAGAUCAGGACUAAUUGCAGAAGGCUUAAUUAAUCUAUCUAUUUGUUAGAGAUGAUUUGGACGAGUUGAAUUGUUGUUGUGAUUUGAAAAUUUUCAUGUUGUUGGAGGAUUUGAUUUGAUUUCCCUUCCAUUUUAUGGAUAAUAUAAGAUGUGUGACUAUGUAAUUGUAUAAUUGAUAAGCAAUAAAUUAAAUGAG